AUGCUCUCGGAUUCCUUGUGCAAAUUAUCCAGCCAUUCUCCAAAUUUAUUCGUCCCAAGGAUUCCUGAAUUUAUCUUGCCCGCAUUCCCAAGAAAAUCCAGUAAGGUUGCCUUUUCAGAUAACCCUCGCUUUCCUGUGGCAUUUUUUCCAGUAAAUCUCAAUAAAGUUGUUAUCCAUGUCUUUACAGAUUUGAACAUCGCGUUCCCAAACAAGUACACGGUAUGUCCUGAAUCAUCUCUUUGCAAACUCGAUCACUACAAUAUGUAUGAUCCAUUGAACAAGGUUUUCUUCAUCACUACUGGUGGAGUUGUAAGAAACCCUACGCCUGGGACGCUAGGAAACUGGUCAUUCUCCUAG